AUGGAACUCGCCACGUUCUGCGAGCUGUUCGCCCAGCUUCGCGAAACCACUGGCGAGCGCUGCGGCAGUGCGCGCGAAUUCGUUGAUCAUGUACGGUUGCUGAUCGGACCGGAAUAUGUCCUGAUUGUGGAUGCCAUUCAGAAUGACAAGGAUCCGGUGAGUCCGACCGCGAUCGGAAACCGUCUGUCUAAUGCCGAACAGACGGUUCGGAGGAAAGAGUCUCUAACACCCUUGCAGGCAGCGUCUGGCCCGUCCGUCCAUACGGUGCAGCAGACUGCCAAGAAAUACAACUAUUACAAGAAGCGCCGCCAUGUGGCUGCGCAGUGCUGGAAGAAACAGCGAGAAGUACAGCCGUCCAGGGACCAUGCCCUGAAGGCUGAACGGACCAGAUGGGAGAUCGGCAGGGCCCGCCGACUUCAAGAGACCGAGGAUCAAUAUCGUGAGGGCGAGGGUGACGACCCUUUUACCCACGCACCGCAACCCUGGUGGAUCCUGGACUCGGCCGCCACCAGCCACAUCUGCUGGGACCGGGGCUUCUUCAGUAGUCUGCGGCCCUACCGCGAGAUGCUGGACAUGGCGGGCGAUCCAGUGGAGCCGAAGGGAUUGAAUGCGUACUUCGCGCCACGCGUCGGGAUGAACCUGAUCAGCGUGCCGAAGCUGUUGCGAGGCCGCUACUCGGUGGUGGCGCACCCGCAGAACGUCUUUGUGCAACGCCGAGGACGAACCGUGGGGACCGCCUACCAUGCGGAGGAGGAUCUGUUGAUCCUGCGGUGCCAUGUGAGCAAGAGAUCUCGAGAGCGAGUCCAACUGGCGAGGGCGCCGACGACCCAUGACCAUGCAGAUUCCCUGGAACCGCAGGCGGUGGCCAUGGACGUCGACGAGCCUCGGGAGUCAAGUGACGCAGAAUGCGCAACGUCAACCUCUGAACUCGGUAGUGAAGCUGUGAUACUCGAAGACGAUGCGUGCAAAGGAGUGGACCAGGCCUCCGAAGCGUUGUGGCACGCUCGGAUGGGACAUCUGAACCGGGGAGACUUGAGGGUGGUCCUCCGGCAGACCGGCACCCCGUACCGCCCGCUGACCCAGGCGCAGCUGCUGGAACACCGCAGUGCCCGGCGUGCAUGUCGGGUAAGCAGCAUCAGAAGAGGAACUCCCUGCAAGGCGGCCACGUCUGCACUCAUCGAGAAUGUUUGA